GUGAUUUUUUUAAAGCAUACGAAAGUAAUUCACAUAGUUACAUUUAAGCUGUAUAGCACUUGUGCUUAACUACUCAAGACUGUCUUGGAAAAAACAGGCUUCACAGAUAAAUCUGCUCACAACCAUUUAGAUAAACGUAUCAGGACAGAAGACGGUGUAUUCCCUAAGUGACAAAAAAGUGAAAAAUGAAAAGGUGUUAAGACAUCCUGGAGUUUGAAUUCAUAUCAGAAAAGUCUGUCAAAAGACUAAGGAGGAAUUAAAACUUUAACACAGCUUCACAAUUUGCAUUAGAACCAUGCGUAAAGCUCAAGUCCAAAUGACCCUGAAGAAAUCAGGAGAGGAAUCAGGUUGGUGUAGGACAGCUAUGGCACCACCUAGCCCCCUUAUACCAUCAAAACGUGCCAAAGUGUUUCCAGACCAGGUGGUGCCAGAGAUGGGUGGCCUCAGGGAACAGCAUUACCAGACUGCACCCGUUUUCAUUCGCAAGAUGAAGAAUGCUGCUGUGGGGACUGGCUGUGACAUCCGGCUAAAAGUAGGAGUGGCAGGUGACCCACAGCCCACUCUGACUUGGUACCGCAAUGAGUCCCGGAUACCGACAGAAAAGCAGGAAUACGGAGGGCUGUGGAUUAAGGACUGCAAGCUCAGUGAUGCAGGCCUCUAUACCUGCAUAGCGACCAACCCCCUAGGGGAGGCCCGGACCAGUGCUGUUCUGGCAGUCAUGGAUUUGGGUGAAGACUCAGAGACAACCGAAGACGAGGCAGCCGAUCCUCAGAUACCGAUUGAAUCGAAAGAAGGAGGAGCCAGGCAUCCUCAGGAUAAGGCUGCAGGUGAUUCAGAGCGGAUGAUGGACACCACCCCUGAUACAACACCAUCAUCAGGCAGACGCGGGUCCAGGGCCGAGAGCUGGGCAGGAAGUCAAAACACAGUCGUGGAAAAGGAGACAGCGGGUUUGAGUUCAAGAGUCACAGUUUCCACGCAGCAGGACUCCUACUCCAAGCCUUCCAGGAGCCUUUCUGAAGACGUUUUGAGGGAAGACUAUGGCUGCCAGGCUGCUGAGCUGGAGCAGAAACGGGACCUGGGGUCCCUCAGGUAUCCCUCUUCCCGACCCCAAGUUCUCCCACCUCCCUCUCCCAAAAUUGGCCAACGUUGUAGCUCGACGUCCUUGCCCGGUCGCUCUGCGUCAGCCCCUCUCACCCCCUUGACCCCCCGUAAGAAAGUAAUAACCCCCAUCGAGUACCAGGAUACAGUCCCAGGAGAAUUUGAAGAGAAGAUCAAACAGCCUAAAUCGUCUGCACUCUCUCAGACCAGCACCCAGGAUUCCCGUCCACAAACACCACUGAGUGAAUAUUCAAGGAAAGAUCUGACCCUGCGUCCCUCCCCCAAGUUGACACGUGCAAGUUCUAAAAUCUUUGAGAAAGUGCGUUACUUUGAAGAAAGAAGACGUAGUAUUGACCAGCCUGAGGGAUCAAUUUCUGGUCGCUCUUGGGCUGGAUUCCAUCGAGCACGUUCCUUUGAGCAAUCUGAUGAUGAAAGGAGCAGAACUGGAAUCUCAAGAGAGAGCUCAAGAGAGGACUUGCGGGAAGCAUUAAGAGCAGAGGCGGCUCAGAGGAGAUCAAUGUUCAAACAAAAAGCUUCCUCAUUUGAUGAUAGGCCUCGAUAUACACAUAAAAUUCAGGAUAUCGAGAACAAAUUCACGGAAGAACUACAGCGCAUUAAAAAAGUUGUGGGGAAACCUCAACUUGGAAAAUCCUUCUCCACUGAUCAGAUUGCUCACAGGAGUGGAAGAACCCCUUUGAAAAAGUUAGAGCCCAUUCCACCUCAGGUAAUUAAAAAGUUACAAGACAGAGAAAGGAUCCAGCAGCAGCAGCAACAAGAGCAACCACAGCAGCAACAACAACAACAGCAAAUAACACAACAGCCUUUAAAUAUUAGGAAACCUUUAGUUAGGAGCAUUGCAACUGGUGACCUAUCAUCAGAAAAUGAUGGCUUGGUAGACAGUACGCCACUUUCUUCAGCUACUGAAAAGCCUUCUAGCAUAAGAGAACAACGGGGACACAUCAGUCAGAGAGAAAUAUAUUCGGUCUCUUUACCUCAUGAACCACUACAGAGAAGAAGAGAAGAUUCACCUCCUCCUUCCUUCCCAGCUACAAUGAUACAAACAGAGGAAACAGAAACUUCAGUUCAAUGGGCUGAUCUGAAACCUUUAAUACCAAUAACUGAAAACGAAAUACUCAAAGAAGAAGAAACACCUCUCCAGGCUUGCCCAGUCACAGGCUUUGAAAGAACUUUGCCAAUCCCAUCUCCAGGCUUCUAUGUUCUUAAACAAGAAGAAGAAGAAGAAGAAAUGGAAAUUGAGCCCCCAGAGAGUCCCGUGACCCCUCAUUCCAGACUAGAGAUCCCAACAAUCCUAAUACACCCUGAGACAACAGACAGGGGACCUGCUUUGGAGACUAAGACAAAAGUGAAAACUGUGAAAGAAGAGAAAAUCCAGAAAGUCAGAAGAAAGUCAAGGCCAAUGUCCCCAGAGAUCGAGUCUUCCGAUGAUUCCUAUGUAUCAGCAGGAGAAGAUUUAUUGGAGGCCCCUCUUUUUGAAGUUCCAUUACGGGACAUGGAAGCAGAGAGUGACACUGAGGUGUUACUGAAAUGUAUCAUCACUGGAAAUCCACUACCAGAAGUACGUUGGAGGCGAGAUGAUGUUCCAUUACAAAGCAGUCCCACUCAUCUAAUAAAACUUGAAGGUGAAAGGCAUAGCCUGUUAAUAAAGUGGGCCAAACCAUGUGAUGCUGGGAUAUACUGUGUUACUGCAGUGAAUGAAGUUGGGAAGGCGUCAUGCAGUGCCGCUCUGGCCGUUAAAUCAGAACCCGCUCCAGAUACAAGGGCCACCCUUAAUGUACCUUUGGACAUUGCCAGCCCCAUCACCUCUGAUGAUGAAUACUUAAGCCCGCUGGAGGAAGGUGUGGAGUUUGGAUUUCCAGCAUUUCGAGGACCUGAAGCAAUGAAGUUACCAGACAUUUCAGAAGUGCGUUUCAAAGAACCACCAUUUUUUGAGGUUUGCCUGACUGAUCAAACUGUGCUAGAGGGACAGGAUGCAUUCUUUAGAGUGAAGGUUCAUGGAGAGCCUAAGCCCUUGAUUUACUGGCUAAGAAACAGACAGACCAUAAAGUCAGGAAGCCAUCACAGUGUGACUGAAGGAGAGGAUGGCAUAUUUGAGCUGCAAAUCCUGUCAACAAUAAAGUCAGAUGCUGGAGUGUAUACCUGCAGAGCAAUUAAUGAAUAUGGCACACAGCAAUGUGAAAGCAAACUAGACGUUAAAGUCCCACCAGUAGAGCCUAGCCUGGCAGUCAUCCGACAAGUACGAGAUGUGACGGUAAAGGCAGGUGAAACAGCACUCUUCGAAUGCCUUAUUACUGGACCACCAGAUGUGGAUGUCGACUGGUUGUCCAAUGGAAAGCUGAUUCAACCAGCCCUGCUGAACUGCAAAAUGCACUUUGAUGGUAAAAGGUGUAAACUUCUUCUGAACUCCGUCCAUGAAGACGACAGCGGCUCAUAUACCUGCAAGCUAAGCACAGCCAAAGAUGAGCUGACUUCCAGUGGAAAUCUCAAAGUCAUUCCUUCCAUUGAACCAUUAUUCACGAGAAAACUGGAUAUCUUAGAAGUAAUAGAGGGACGGACAGCUCGUUUUGACUGUAAGGUCAGCGGAACACCACCCCCACAAGUGACGUGGAGCCAUUUUGAGCAAACUUUAGAAGAAAAUGAAAAUAUUCGCAUUCUAAAGGAUCAUGGUCUGCACUCUUUAAUCAUCUCCCAUGUUAGCAAUGAGAAUGAAGGCUUCUAUACAGUCAUUGCCAAGAAUGCCCACGGAGAAGCCGAGUGUUCUGCAGAGUUGUAUGUGCAGGAGCCACGUCCUGCUGUCUCCUCUCAAAUAGCCAAGCUGGAAAAGAUGCCUUCCAUUCCUGAAGAGCCCGAGGUUCCAGAGAGUGAAGUUGAACGAUUCACCAUGCCCGACUUUGUCAGGCCUCUUCAAGACCUGGAUGUAGUGGAAGGGAAGGAGGCCAUUUUAAAAUGCAAAGUGGCCGGCCUGCCUUAUCCCACUAUCACUUGGUUCCACAAUGGUCAAAAGAUCGACAGCACAGAAGACAGGAAAAUGAUGCAGUACAGAGACAUCCAUAGCUUGGUUAUUCGCUCAGUCACACAUGCUCACGGCGGUGUCUAUAAAAGUGUCAUUUCAAACAAAGUGGGGAAGGCCACGUGCUAUGCUCAUUUGUAUGUGACAGAUGUCCUGCCUGACCCGCCUGAUGGAGCUCCUGUUGUAGAGGCAAUAACAGGAAAAACGAUGACCCUCAGAUGGAAGAAACCGAAAAAACUGGAUCCCACACUAGACCCUAACACAUUAACGUACAUUAUCCAGUGCCAAACAGUUGGGAUGAAUCAGUGGACUCUACUGGAAGCCAACGUGAAAACAACGAUGUAUACAGUGCACUCCCUUUCCAAGGGUGUUCUGUACAUCUUUAGAGUUCUGUCAGCUACAGCCAAGUCGCAUAGCAAGCCUUCUCCACCUACCGAGCCUGUGCAGCUGAUAGACAGAGGUCCCUAUCUUGAAGAGGCACCAGUUAUCAUUGAUAAGCCAGAUGUGGUUUAUGUUGUGGAAAACCAGCCAGUCUGCAUUACUGUCACCCUAAACCAUGUACACGCAGGGGUAAUCUGGAAAAAGAAUGACAGCAUCUUGGUGAACAAACCGAAUCUAUAUGAGAUGUGCAUGCCUGAUGAUGAUCAGCACACACUGAAGAUCAUGCAGAUUGGCCGAUCUGAUGUUGGAGAGAUCGUAUGCAUCGCAAGUAAUCAGUAUGGGAGUGACACCUGCACACUCUCCCUCAAUAUGGCAGAGCCUCCCUCCUUUGAAUCUAUCAUGGAGGACAUUGAUGUCAGCACUGGAGAGACAUCACGCUUUGCUGUGGUGGUGGAAGGAAAACCUAUUCCUGACAUCCUCUGGCAUAAAAAUGAUACUCUCUUGUCAGAGAGCAGUCACUUCACCUUCGUAUAUGAUGACAAUGAGUGCUCAUUGGUAGUUCUCAACACCACUGAAGAGGAUUCAGGGGUUUACACCUGCACUGCCAAGAAUUUGGCUGGAUCUGUGUACUGUAAGGCUGAACUCACCGUCCAUGCAGCAAAAUUAGAAAAGGAGGAGGAGAUUGAAGAUGAGGAAACUUUGCUAAGGAAGAUGCGUCGGUUGACUGAUUUCUAUGACGUUCACAAGGAGAUUGGAAGAGGUGCUUUCUCUUAUGUGAAGCUUGUGACAGAGAGAUCUGGAAAAGUGGAAUAUGCUGCAAAAUUCAUUCCUUUACGUGCAAAAAGUAAAGCAUCUGCCUUGAAGGAGCUGAAUAUUCUAUCACAGCUGGACCAUGAGCGAAUUGUUUACUUCCAUGAUGCCUUUGAGAAGAAGAAUGGAGUGAUCAUCAUUACUGAAGUCUGUCAUGAGGAAUUCCUAGAGAAAAUAACAAAGAAAACUUCAGUACUGGAGUCCGAGAUCCGCUCUUUCAUGAGACAAAUCCUAGAAGGCAUCAGUUAUUUACACCAAAAUAAUAUUCUUCAUCUUGAUAUAAAGCCUGAAAAUAUUCUGAUGGCAGACUCCACAAGUGAGCAGAUCCGAAUCUGUGAUUUUGGGAAUGCAAAGGAAGUCACCCCAGAGGAUGCGCAGUAUUGCAAGUAUGGCACACCAGAAUUUGUGGCCCCUGAGAUUGUCAACCAAACACCUGUUUCUAAGGCUACUGAUAUCUGGCCUGUUGGAGUAAUUUCCUAUUUGUGCCUCACAGGAGUUUCUCCGUUCGUUGGAGAAAAUGACAGAGCAACUGUAUUGAACAUCAGGAACUACAAUGUAGCAUUUGAGGAGAAGAUGUUUGAAGACCUUUGUCGAGAAGCCAAGGGAUUUGUUAUCAAACUUUUAGUCUCUGAUAGACUGAGACCAGAUGCAAAUGAGUGUCUUCGUCAUCCUUGGUUUAAGACAUUAUCUAAAGGGAAAAGUAUUUCUACAGAGCCCCUCAAGUUGUUUCAGUCUAGAAGAAAGUGGCAGCGGUCACUUAUUAACUACAAAUCUAAAAUGGUGAUGCGAUCCAUACCAGACCUUUUGGAUGAUUCAUCCACCCAUGUCUCCAUAGCAGUUCCAAAGCACCUUAAAGAAGGUUCCCCUCCUCCUUCAUCAUCCUCAGACUCUGAGGAUAUUGAUGAGCUGCCCUUCAUUCCUAUGCCUCUCACAAUGGAGUUUUCCAGCUCUAGAAUGUCACUUAAUGAAAUUCCAGCUGAUGAUGAGAUGGUGGGACGUCCAAACGGGAACCUAGAUGUUGUGGGGAAGGAAUCAGAGGGACCGGUACCAAUGCAGUGUGAGCCGCCAAUUUCAAAAAAAGAAGUUACAGAAGUUCAUGGCAGGGGUCGCUCUAGGAAAAGGGCAACACAAGACGAAGAUAACCAAUCUUCAGAUGAGGACAGUUCAGAGAGACCAGACCAUGCAAAGAGGCCUCUUAGAAAAGGUUCAAGUGUGGAGUCAGAUAAAGGAGAAGGAAGCUCAAAGAGAGGAGAAUUAAGGAGAGGCAGUUCUGCUGACAGUGCUCUGCUGCUACAUAUUAAGGCAGAAGAAGGAACUACUGAUGGUCAAACAGAGGAACCCAAAAAGGGCCUCAAAAAGGCUCUUUCAAUGGAACUUCCAAGGAGGAGUCCAAGUCCCGGAACUUUGGAUGAACGUCGCAAGCUAAGUCAUGAGGACUAUGCAUUAAAACUGGAAUUAAUGCGUCAAAGGUUACUCAGAGGUGGAUCUGUAGACAAGAAAAUGAGUGGCCUAAGGGAGCCCUUGUUAGAAACCCUUAGACUUGCAGAAGAUGAUCCACAGAAACGUUCCACUUCACUUGAACGCUAUACACGGCCACCCCGUGGAAGCCCAGUUCCACCUCUUGCAAGGGCAGCAUCAAGUGACACCCCUAGAGAAGUCUCUUUAGAUCCAAAGGUGCUGCGUAAGAGUGCUUCUUUCAGUCAAGGUGACACUGAACCCAUUCCACUCCAUCGACGUUUAGGAGCCCCUUUAGAAAUACCUCUAACUCAGAUAGAGGGUAAACGACUACAAGAAUGUGUUUCUAUGUCAGCUCUCACUGAACAAACAAAGUUAGACUCUAGACCAUCAACUCCAAGAGAAAUUUCCUCCAAACCGCCAACACCAGAUAGAGAAGAAAUCGAAGGAAGUAUGGCAGAGACUAUUAAAACUUCAGAGAAAGCUGGUAGAACCAUUGAAAAAGCAGAAAACACAACUCUGAAAGUAAGCAAGCCAUACGAAGUGAAUGUUGAUAAAGUGAAAAAGUUGAGUGAGUCGGUAAAGGAGACAGUGACAACCUCUGAAGACAUGGUUAGAACUCCACAAGAGGAGACAGAUAUCUCAAAGAAAGUUGUUAUAGACACAGAUGUUAAUGAUAUGACCAACAAAAAAGCUCCAAUUCCAGCAGAGAAAUCAAACUUAGUAAAAGAAGUAUCUCAGAAACAUCUGAUUCGGUCAGUCAUUGCCCCUUGUGCUGAACCAUCAUAUGAUGAGAAAUUACAAAUGGCUAAGUUGCCCCCAGAAAUUAUUAUUACCAAGUCAAGUACUGUAGUACCUUUAGAGAUCAAUAUAAAAGGUCCUCAAAAUAAUGUUCCACUACAAGCUAUACCUUCACCGACCACACAGGUUUCAUUUUCAGCUCCUUCUGCUCGACCUUCUGCCUAUGCAGAAAUUAUGCAGGCUAUUGUAGUUCCUGAACACAAAAACAAAGGCCAAGAAGCCAAGCCAGAAACAGAAAUCUCAACAACUGCACACCCAGCUGUGUUUUCUAGAGUUGCAUCAAAUGAACAAACUAGGAAAGAACCCAGUCCACCAAAAACUCCUCCACCACCUGCCUUAUCGCAGCCAACCUCAGAUCAGGAGCCAAAACAUAUUAUUGAAGAUUUAGCAUCUGAAGAGGUUUUUGAGGCAAAGUUCAAAAGGCGAGAGUCUUCUCUCACCCGUGGGCUAAAGCUACUUACAAGGUCCAAAUCAGAGGAAAAAUCUUUAAUUCUUCCUCCCUCUUCAGGUGAGGAAAUUUACCGUCCUGGGCCUAUUGGUGCACCGUUAGAGUUUGUUAAGCCUGAAGAACCAAAAAAGUUAGAAGAAAGAGCAAAAUCUGUUCAAGAUCUGCGAGAGGCAGAAAAGGAUACAAGCUUUAUGAGGAGACUAUCUUUACGCCUGAAAGGAACACCAUCAACUGAGAGGAAGGAAGUGAAGUCCGGAGAAGAGAGUCCUGCUCUUGAACAUUCAGCUCCAAAAAGAAGGCUGUCUUGGACUCUAGGUCGUAGCAGUUUCAGGGAUAAAAAAGAGAAAGAGGUGGAAAUGGUACGAAUGGAGCCUGGAGCUGAAAAACAGUCUUCCCAAGAAGUGGAAAUCAAAGAAUCUAGGAAACCAAAUGAAUCUCCUGUCUUGACAAUGCGCAAGAAGAUUGAGUCAACAGUGGCUGGGAUUUCAAUGAGGAUACGUAGCCACUCAGAAGAGAGGAAGGAAGAGAAGAAAGGAGAGAAGGAAACAAAACAAGAGAAGAGGACACCUUUGCUUUCAUUACUCCGUAGGUCUAAUUCUGAGGGAACAAAUCUAAAAAGACUGGGCGUGCCAUCCAAUCAGCUUGCAUCCCAGUCUCAUGCAGCACCAUCUACAGAGUCACUUCAGUCUGAGUCUAGUGUCCAGUCAGAAGCUGCUGUAAAAGCUGCAUCUGAAAGUGAUCGCAGAUCCAGGUGGGAUCGAUGGGGACUGACAAGGAGCAAGAGAGAAAAAGGAUCUUCUCAACCCAAUAUUCCAUCGGCUAUUGCUAGGGAGAAUGGCACUCUGGAUGGUCAUCACUAUACUAGAUUAGCGUCAGACUUUCCUCCAGUGUUCCAUAUCAAACUGAGGGAUCAUGUGUUACUGGAAGGAGAUCCCAUUACCCUUUGUUGUUUGCCAGCCGGAAGCCCAACUCCUCACAUCGAAUGGCUCAAAGAUAAAAAACCAGUGGAACUUGACUCAAGGAUCAGUAUUGUUUCAUGCCCAGAUGGACGACAGCUGCUGAUGAUCAUGAAAGCCUGCAAAAAGGAUGCUGGACUUUAUGAGUGUGUAGCCAAAAAUCCUCUGGCUUCGGUCACUAGUUCCUGUUUACUGUCACUUGCCAGACUUCCUAGUCGUCCAGGAACACCUGAAAUACCCCAAAGAUACAAAAAUACAGCAUUGGUAUUAUGGAAACCUUCUGACUCUCGCACACCCUGCACCUACACAUUAGAACGCAAGACAGAAGGAGAUUCUGAUUGGCUUACGGUGGCUACAGGAGUGGCAGACUGUUAUUAUAAUUCUACAGAACUGCCAAUGGGCAGCACCUUAAAGUUCAGAGUGGCGUGUGUCAAUAAAGCUGGCCAAGGCCCAUACAGUAAUUCCUCUGAAAAAGUACAGCUUGAUUCACUGGAUAUGCCAAAGGCCUCACCAAGUCCUGCUGUUCCCAAAGCUGCUUCUUCCAUUCCGCCUUCUGUUAGCAAAUCCAAAACACUGCCUGCAUCAGAAGUAGCACCCCCUGAAAUGCCUAAACCUGCUUCUCCCUCUAUUCCUCAGAAACCAGCUGCAGAUGAAAUCAUCUCAUCGACAGUACAAAUGCAAAUCCAAGCCCCAUCCCCAGUUCCAGUUGAAAGUACAGUUCCUGUAUUAUACUCAGCUCCAUCCCCAGUCCCAGUUACACCUCCAAGUCCAGUUUCCACCGCAGUCUCUACAUCUCCUACAAUCAAGACCACUCUCACGCUUACCGUGACCACACCUUCUUUGGUGGCCCAGCCCACAACCUCUCCAGAACCACUUCCCAGGUUACCACCUCCAUCUCCUCCACCUCCUGUCUUACCAAAGCCAACAACGCCAGUCAGCUUGGUGACUCCUAUUUCCCCAGUGACUGCUGUCACCCCGCUACCAUUGCCAUCUCCAUCUGGUGUCAUUGGCAAACCAAUCUCUUCUGUUCCUAUGUAUGUUCCAGCCACCUUAGUUCAAACUCCUCCUACUCAAGUCUCAUCUCUCACGCCACCUGUUGUGCUGGUGACAAGUCUUAGCCCUGUUGGUGAGGGCCCCUCCACACCUAGUAGAAUAACCCCUACAGGCAGAGUGACACCCUCUGCCAAAUCUGUAGACAGCAGCACAACUGCUUUACGACAAGGUGUACCUCAGAAACCUUACACCUUUAUGGAUGAGAGAGCCAGGGGAAGAUAUGGUGUGAUCCGGGAGUGUAAGGAGAAUGCUACGGGAAAACAAUUUAUGGCCAAAAUCAUCCCAUAUGAGGCGGAAAGCAAGCAGUCAGUACUUCAGGAAUAUGAGAUCCUCAAGUCUCUUCGACAUGAAAAGGUUAUGGCCCUUCAUGAGGCUUAUGUGACACCUCGGUAUCUGGUCCUCAUCUCAGAAUCGUGUGUUGGCAAAGAGCUACUGUAUAGUCUCAUAGACAGGUUUCGUUACUCUGAAGAUGAUGUAGUUGGAUACAUUGUGCAGAUAUUGCAAGGUCUUGAAUAUCUACACAACCGGCGAAUCCUACACCUUGAUGUAAAACCGGACAACAUUAUUGUCACAUAUAUGAAUGUAGUGAAGAUCAUCGACUUUGGUAGUGCUCAGACUUUCAAUCCUCUAUUCCUGAAGCAACUGAGUCAACGUGUUGGGACUCUCGAGUUCAUGUCUCCUGAAGUAAUAAAAGGAGAUGUUGUUGGUCCUCCAGCGGAUAUCUGGGGUAUAGGUGUACUGACAUACAUUAUGUUAAGUGGAAGAUCUCCAUUUCUCGAGACUAACCCCUUGGAGACAGAGAACAGAAUUCAGAUAGCCAAGUUUGACCUUACAAAACUCUACCCCAAUGUGUCACAAAGUGCCUCGUUGUUCCUGAAGAAGAUAUUGUGUAGUUAUCCAUGGGCUCGACCAACCAUCAAAGACUGCUUUGCCAACUCCUGGCUUCAGGAUGCCUACUUGAUGAAACUCCGUCGGCAAACCCUUACUUUUACUACAUCGAGGCUGAAAGAAUUCCUGGUGGAGUAUCAGCGCAGAAGAGCAGAAAUUGCUACCAAACACAAAGUUCUCCUCCGCUCAUAUCAAGGCACCCAACAGGCCCCUGUGACCCAGUGACAGAAGUCUCACCUCAUGGGUGGAUGGCAGAAAGCAAGAAGAACACAGCACGUUCUCCAAGAGGCAGGCAACAGAGGUUCUUCACGUUUGGUGGCCAGGAAUUCCUAAGCAGCCAUUGUAACCAGCAAAAAGCUCAGUCUACUCAGAAUGAGUCGGAACACAAAUGUGUGUGCAUCUGUCCAUGCCCAAGACAAACCAGUCAUACCUAAACUAGAAAACAACAAAAAAAAAGACAAGCAAAUACAAACCAGAAUACCUCACAGACUUUUUGGAAAAGGAGUGUGGAAUGGUUUGAUGUUCAUUUACAGAUGCAUCCUUUCUUAUUUGACCUCCUUCUAUAUUCAUGAUUUUACUUUACAAAUAUGCCUCGAUGGUGGGCUUCAAGUCAGUUUGAAACAACCUGAUGGUGUCCCUGAAUUGUAGAUCUCAAAGCUAAAUCAAGACCUAUGUCUACUUGGUUUAUAUACUCUUUGUACCAAUUGCAUUAUCUAUUGCAUAUUACAGAAGACACACCUAACACAACUACAAGCAUCAGAGCUGCAAAUUAAGAGUAAAUAGUUAUGUGUGAUAAAGUUAUGAUUGAAUGCAUACAAAAUAUUAAGAAUCAGACAGAAAUUAGGAAAAUUUCUCAGCUGUUGGCAUUGGUUGGUGAAGGCUAAAGGAAGUGAAAGGAAAAUCAUUGUGCAUUGUGGCCACUAGGGUACCCAUAAAGACACACGCAAACUACUUUUCUUGCAUUUCAGGCUAGACAGAGUGCAAUAUAUUUAUUAGGCAAAGGUCCCAGGUGGAACAAGAGGUAUAUUUGCUCUUCUGUGUUAUCUUUCCUUUAUUUAAAGAAGCCCAAUUAGUGCAGACAUUUGCCAUUGCAUGUUGUCUGUGAUCAUAUACUCUUCUUUAUAAUUGCAUUUAAAAUUCUCCAUCAUUUUGUUAAGCAAAACAAAAAUGUUAGUUAAUUAACUAAACUAUUUGAAACAGUGUUACCAGUGACUGUGCAACUGAUAUUUGUCUCGCACUGAAUGGCAAAAUUAAAACAGCAUGCUGCUAUACUGUACAGUAGGAUAUUUUACAGCAUUUUGACUGCUCAAGUUGCCAAUCCAUAGGCACAACUAAGUAGGGCUUUGGACAAUCAUUUGAUAAAUCUGGUUCAGACAUCAGAAGAUGCCAGCAGUCAUUGUGUAUUUUGGAUCGAUAGAAAGUGAUUUCUAUUCUGCUUACCUUUUUAAACAUUUCCCCCCCAUUUACGAACUGUUUUGUUAUUUAUGAAUUUCUUCAAAAAAAUUGACUGAAUAAUUUUCUUUUAAAAAAACCCCACUCUUUAGGAACCUGUCACACAUCACCAGUCUUGUUGCUCUACUAACAUUCCUGUCAAAUGACAUGUAAGAAUGGCCAUUCUUCUGUAAAGAUAAAUGCAAAGUAUUUCUAAUAGCUUGUUCUACUUCCACAAACCUCGAUCUGUAGGUGGGGCACCAUAUGGUACAAUAUAUUAUGGCUGACUGGUUCUUAUUUUUUUCAGUUAUGCUUUACGGCCAAGUGAUAUCAAAACAGCUCUACUGUGGCUACUUUAAAAUGUCACCAUUAAAGACAGCGAUAUCGUUUUUUUAAGGAAAUAAAGCAGCAGCCUCAGGCCUCGACACAGCCAUGCAGUAUGCUGUUAAUUAAAAAGGGGUCAGAAUCUCACUCUCCACAUUUCUCUGUUUCUCAGCUUUGAAUCGUAACUCUUGAUUUUGCCGUGGUAAAAAAGUAAAGCCACAGUCCUGCGCAUAUGGAUUGCAGUACUUUCAGAAAGCAGUGAACAGGCAGUGAUGCGGAUAGCUCUAUUCGCAGUGCCAUCUUCUGAAGGCUGGUAGUUUUGAGAAGUUCUACCAGACACAAACCUCCUUUUGCUAUUUUUUAUUUUAUUUUAAUAGGAUCACCUCUGCUGUGUCCUUCUUCGUUUUUUAUGUAUGUGCCAAUGGCCUCUUUACAGUGCGGUGACAUUAGGCUCUUAAACUAGCAUCUCUCAUUAUUCUUUAUCUCUCUCUCUCUCUCUCUCUCUCUCUCUCUGUCUCAUAGUUAAAAGCAAUUAUAACAUUCUUUGACCACCAUUAUUUUAAGCAUAAUUAAGAAAUGUCCAUAACCUACGUAAUGUUAGUAUGAGGAAAGACAGUAUAUUUUAUAAUACACACAUGCGCUUUAACUCUAGUCACCUGGAAUUCUCAAAAACGGCUUCAUGGUCUUGAAUACACUAUUGGCCUGGCUUGCAGACAAAAAGGACGGACUGAUUCAACUUGGCAUUGUGUGAUACUGCAGGAAGUGGAACUUCUUGAAUUUGUAUUUAUACUUUAUUUGUUUAUUAUCUGUUAAGAGGUAAGAUCGGAAAUGCAAAGUAUUUCUGAGAAAGUGUAUAUCCAAGAAUUUGGAUAUUUUAAUUUUGGUGAACAUACCCUAAACAAAAUAAUAAAUAGAAAAACAUGACUGUUUUACCAACUCUAGUAUUAUAUUAAUGCACAUAUCCACAGAGAUGUAACAUAAGAUAUAGAUGAUAUAUAUUUUAAUUGCCUUAUGGUUGCAACAUAUGAAGAGUAUGAUGUCUCUUGCCUUUCUAGCCUUACUUUUUAGUUAUUCGCUAAAAUCUGAAGCAGUUUUGUAAAAUGUACUGUGAAAAUAAUUUUAUAGCAACGGCAUACUAAAUAAUUUUGAAUUAUGGAUGUAAAGCCGCAAGGCACUAUGAAGUGACGCUAUCUGUCUGGUGAAUCUGGCUGUGGUAGACAAAAGCAACACCCUAAAAGCAUCGUCUGUUAUACUGAGAGAGCAACUUAAUUUGUCAUAAACUUGGGUACUAUGUUAUCUCGGACUCGUUCCCAAAGCUAUUAGACUUGCUCAGAAGGAAAAGAUGUUUUGGUGUCAUGAGAAAAUGGAAACAAACACAAAUGUGUCCCCAUUUAAAGUUCAAAAAAGCACAUUUGCCUAGCAAGCACACUGUUAAUAAAAAAAAAUUAAAAUUAUAAAAAGUAGUAGUGGAUUUAUAGGAUUUUAAGCUUUUUCAAAAUGUUGGACUGAAAUCAGACACUUAUGCCCUUGGAAAAAAUGUAUAAUCAGGUUAACAAACACUUGAAGUAUGAAAGUUGUAUAUUGUAUCUGGGAACGGGUCUUAGUUUCUGAAUGGCAGAAGUGUAUUUCUAUUGUAAAUUCACAGCAGUGACAAUCUAUUUAAUGUAGCUCAUAGAUGUUGUUUUUGUGGUUUGUUUGUUAAUUUAUUUAUUUAUCUGAUUCUGUAGGAAUCUGGAACCUUAAGGGUUUGUGGAUUUUAAAUUUAAUUCUGGUGUGGAUCCACGGCAUGGAAGCUGAGAAACAAACAAAAUAAAAAAAAAAAUGUGAAGCAGUUUGCAAAAUGCCCCUUCUUCUUUUCUUCAGUUUUUGUGCUUUGCAUUCAAACAAAAACCAAUGAGUAACCAGACCAGGCGUCAAGCUGGUGUUGUCAGGCAGCGGUGCUAACUGCUGCACCGCCAUGCCUUAGAAAGAGAAUAUGCUACAAAAUAACAGUUUUUGGAAUCCAGUCUGCCAAUAACCUGCCAGACAAGUGCUAGGGGUUAUGACUAGUGGCACUUGUCACAUUAUGAAUCAUAAAAUAAAAUUAAAAAAUAUCCUU